CCAGUUUUCCCCAACACGGCGGUCGACCGGCAGGAACAACUACGGGAUAACGCUGUAGGACCACGACAACGGCACUCAAGCUUGCCAGUCUGACUACCGGGCAGGUAUCUUGGUCCUAGACUAUAUGAUACAAAAGCAUUGAGCUUCCUCUCUUUUCCGAAGAGGCAAAAAGAGUCUGUCUGCCUAUACAACCACAAACCAGAGCUCUCUCUCUCUCAGCCCACUUUCACCCACAUCGAACGACCUCUCACGACAGCGUGAGCUUCACCACCACCACCAGAUCUCGCAGAAUAAUAUUGCAACAUAAAAAAAAAAGCCCCUUGUAAACAACGUCCACCACAAGACACCUACCUACACAACCAUGACAUCGUCAACGACGACAGCGGCAGCGAAACGCCUCAUUGUCUGCGGCGGCAACGGCUUCGUCGGCUCGCGGAUAUGCCAGCACGCCGUCGCCCGCGGCUGGGACGUGACCUCGAUCAGCCGGUCCGGCAACCCGGUGUGGCAGAGCAUCACGUCCUCGGCCUCGCCCCCGAGCUGGGCGCACAAGGUCUCGUGGGAGCGCGGCGACCUGCUGCGCCCGGCCACGUACGCCUCGCUCCUCCAGGGCGCCGACUACGUCGUGCACAGCAUGGGGAUCCUGCUCGAGGCCGACUACAAAAAGGCCGUCAGCGGGCAGGAGUCGCCGAUCACGGGGCUUAAGCGCGCGUUCUCCUCGACGCCGAGGCCGGGCAACCCGCUCGACCGCAAGGUCCGGUACGAUGAUGCCGCCGCCGCCUCCCAGGAUAUCCGCCCGCCCGAGACCAAGGAGCAGCUCACCUACGAGAACAUGAACCGCGACAGCGCCAUCAUGCUGGCCAAGGUGGCCGCCGACGCUGGCGCAAAGGCCUUUGCGUACAUGUCCGCUGCGGGGGGCGCCCCCGUCCUGCCCGCGCGGUACAUCAAGACGAAGCGCGAGGCCGAGGAGACCAUCACCAGGGAGUUCCCCGCCGUGAGGGGGGUCUACAUCCGCGCACCGUUCAUGUACGACUCGAGCAGGCCGAUCACGAUGGCGAUGGCCGGGAUGACGGCCGGCGGCGCCCUCUUCAACGGCAUCACCGGCGGCGUGCUCGGCGGGUUCAUGGGUGCGGCGGGCGUCAAGCCGCUCAAGGCCGAUCUUGUUGCGCAGGCCGUCGUGGAGGCGCUCGAGGACGAGAGUGUACGGGGUCCGGUGGAAGUCCCGCAGAUUGAGGACCUGGCUACACGGGCAUGGAGGAAGGAAAUGCUGUAAGGUGGUGAAUGGUGCACAAGGGUUUUUCGGUUACAAUGACAUUGUCCGAGAACACUCGAAAGUGUCACAUCACGUUGGGAGGCUGUGUUGUCAGCCGGGCCCCAUUUUGUCCUCUUCAAUGCAUUGCACUGCUAUUUCCCAAUGUUUAAGCGACAUCGUUCAUAGACAUCAAAAAGUCGCAAGGAGGACAGAGUUGUAUGAUUAUUCAACAGAAAUUACCAGUCUACCACCAGAAAAGCAAU